AUGCUGUGUGUCAUUAAUACCGCGCAGGUUACCAUCUUGCCACCUGCUUUAGGAACUAAUUUCUAUUCAUCCCUGGCCUUCAAUCCAUCUGGUGCCAAGGUUGUCUGGCAAGAAUGGUUUCAUGCCGAAAGUCCUCGCCGUCUUCCUUCUGUGUCUCGUAUGUCUAAUACACGGCAUUCUUUCGGUCGUUCACACUCUUAUGUAUCUAGGAAUACUGAAACUGUGAGGCUAUGUACAAUUCAGCUUGGUAGGAAGGGUGGUGGUUGGAGAACGUCGAAAGCACACAUGAGUGCCCGCAUCUGUGAAACUCGUAAUACGGUGGAUGGGGGGCUAACAACCUCCAAUGACUCACCCAAAACUAUGUCGAGGCGGGGCAAAAGCAUAGCUAGCAUCCGAUGA